AGAAGACAAAGUGCGUGAUAUACGUACGUCAAUGCUCAAUCGAGAAAUGUUUUUUAUUUUUCAGGUUUGUCGAAUAAUUUGUCGGCAAGCGUCGUUGAUAAAGUGCACGAUCGUAUAAAUUUGGACGAGACGAGUUCAAGUUUCAUCACUUGUUGAAGAUCUCUGAAGAACGGUUGGAACAGUGAAAUCCAGAAUUACAGUUAUCAAGGUAUAUAUCAAUUAAUAUACUGCUUCAUUUUCGUCUUAGUUCGAUGGUAUUGUAAUUUUUAUAGUUUCAAAUGUUUAACUAUACAUAUUAUUAUAUGUUAGUGAUGUUACUCUGAGUGUGCAUCCACACCGUGGAAGCUGAAAAGUUAGUUGGCCACACACCAUAUUCACAUGAGUACAUAACACCAAUAUACAUAUUUUUGUUUAAUUCCAAAAAGUGAGGUGUAAAUAUAUUCAUUCUACCACUUUUGUGGAAACUACGCAAUGUUGCCCGUCAUGUUAAAUUUUGGGUAAAUUACAUCUUGGGGAUGAUAAUUGUUUCGUUUAAAACUCCAGCUUUCCCUAUUCAGAAAAUUUCGGAGUCGGCAGACGGGGGAUUUACGUGUUAUACCUGUAGGUUGUUCACAUACGUGAGGCUGGCCUGAGAUUCAGCACGCGUCGGCGUAAACGCAGAUUGUUUGCUGAACCUGCCCCAACUCUCAUGUUGGCCGGGAUAACAUUGCUAAUUUCAUUAUAACUGCUUCUUUUCAGAAACACUAUAGUCAUGUCUGAUCAGUAUGCCGUCGUCGGUUACGUUGAGUCGUCUAGUCCUCCGGGAAAUGCCCUAAAAUUAGGCAAACAGUGAGAAGAAGACAUGUGGGUUGCUAUAGCGAAGACCGAGUGGGGUACAAUUCCGGGAAAAGCUGAUAAAAAUGGUACUUGCUGGUAUUCCUAUUUUUGGAAAGAAUAUCGUACUUCCCAAGAAUUCGCUUAUGUGACAUCCAUACGUCCCACUAAACUCGUGAAAAGUGAUUCACCGCCUCCAUUAGCAAUUCUAUCCGGAUACCAGACUGACGGGGCUGGAUAUGUCUACGCCGCAGUUGCAGAAACAGAUUGGGGAACUAUCCCAGGAAAAGCUAAAGGUGACACGUGCUGGUAUCCGUAUGGCAAUGCGGAACAUAAAACCAAUAAUUUCAGUUGGGUAGUACUGGAUGAAUAGAUAUCCUUUUUAAAACAUGGACUUUGAGAAAAAAUGAUCAAGUUUAAGGUUUUUGUAUUCUUACGAGUAUUUUCAAGGAAGUUCGCGCAACUUGUCCGCGUACUUCUUAUUUUUGUUAACAAAACAGUUUUUAGAUUUUAACUACAAAAUAAAAUUUACAUUUUU